GGCGGACUUGAGGCGUGAGUUCUUGCAACGCAUGCGCAGGGAUGGCUGCGCCCGUGGUCUGCUGGGUCGCUUAGUGCUUUCCUGGCAGCAGCGGCAGGAUGGGGCUGAGCCGGGUGCGGGCGGUGUUCUUUGACCUAGACAACACGCUCAUCGACACGGCCGGGGCGAGCCGGAAGGGCAUGAUGGAGGUGAUAAAGCUCUUACAAUCAAAAUACCAUUUCAAAGAAGAGGCUGAAGUGAUCUGUGACAGAGUCCAAGUUAAACUCAGCAAGGAGUGUUUCCAUCCUCCUAGCACUUGUAUCACCAACCUGAGAACCUCCCACUGGGAAGAAGCCAUCCAGGAGACCAUGGGUGGUGCGGCCUACAGGGAGCUGGCUGAAGAGUGCUACUUCCUGUGGAAGUCCACACGCCUGCAGCAUAUGAGGCUGGAAGAAGAGGUCAAGGCCAUGCUCACAGAGCUCCGAAAGGAAGUUCGCCUGCUUUUACUAACGAACGGAGACACACAGACCCAGAGGGAGAAGAUCGAGGCCUGUGCCUGCCAGCCCUUCUUUGACGCUGUUGUUGUAGGUGGCGAGCAGAAGGAGGAAAAGCCGUCGCCGUCCAUCUUUUACCAUUGCUGUGACCUCCUUGGGGUGCAGCCUGCAGACUGUGUGAUGGUGGGUGACACACUGGAGACCGACAUACAAGGAGGCCUCAACGCAGGACUGAAAGCCACUGUCUGGGUGAACAAAAGUGGAACCAUGCCACUGAAGCCAUCACCCACUCCACAUUACACGGUCUCCUCUGUGCUGGAACUGCCCGCUGUCCUCCAGAACAUAGACUGCAAAGUCAGCGCCUCAGCCUUACGGGAGCCCAAGGCUGCACAGUCAGGCUCAGAAACCAAUGUGGAGUGAGGGACUAAGGCAGUCCAUACCCUAUCACCCUAAGUCUAAGGAUAAUUUCACUUUUCACAGUGAUGGCCAGCCAAUCUUUGGUAUUUAUAUGUGAAAAUUUAUAGCACAGUUUUACAAGUUAUUUGUAGUAUGCAAUCAGAAAUUUUGCGGAAAUACAUUAUUUGUUAAUCAGUGA